AUGUCGAUUCUCAUCACAGGAGCAGGCGGCUAUGUUGGCCAGGAACUGGCCGCUGGUCUUCUUGCAAGCACUCCAGCUUCAACCACAGUGACCAUCACCGAUGUCGUCGAGCCAACAGUUCCCGAGUCAGCGACACAAUAUGCCAGCCGUCUGACUUGUGUCCGCGCCGACCUGACCUCACCGACGGAGGUAGACCAAUUAAUCAGUGCCUCCCGCCCGUAUGAGACUGUUUAUAUCUUGCAUGGAAUCAUGUCUAGUGGCUCCGAGGCGAACUUUGAGCUGGGUAUUCGAGUCAACCUCGACGCCACCCGAUACAUCCUGGACCGACUACGCGCCACUAUGCCCGGGGUUAAGGUGGUUUUCACCUCUUCAUUGGCCGUCUAUGGGCCUGCACCCCCUGGAUUUGUGAUUGAUGAGACAAACUUCCCGGCUGUGCCUUCAUCCUCUUACGGGUCGCAGAAGUUGAUCAUCGAAACUCUGGUGACCGACUACUCCCGUCGCGGGUUCUUGGACGGACGCAGCGUGCGACUUCCCACAGUGACCGUUCGAGCCGGAAAGCCCACACAGGCAGCAAGCAGCUUUGCUAGCGAUAUCAUUCGGGAGCCUUUCCAUGGAAAGAAAGCCAUUCUGCCCGUGGCUAAGGAGACGGAGAUGUGGAUCUGCUCGCCACACACGAUUAUCAAGAACCUGAUUCACGCACGCACCGUGCCCAAAGAGGCAUUUGGGGAGUCACGGUCGGUCAACCUGCCUGGACUGAAAGUCAGUGUGCAAGAAAUGCUGGAUGCGCUGGAGGAAAUCGGUGGCAAGGAGCGACGGGGACUCGUAGAGGAGAAAUAUGAUGCUGCUACCGACAAGAUUGUGCAGUCGUGGACUCCCCAGUUCUCCACUGACCGCGCAUUCAGGCUUGGAUUCCAUGCGGAUAUCUCUAUGACCGAGAAUAUCAAGCAGUUUGCCAGUCGUUUUGUAUGA